UCUCUCAGAGUCAGUACACACCACACUUGACCCAUCCGAAGAUUUCCAUCCGAACGAAAGAAGGAAAGAAGCGGGAGCACGUGCGUUCAUCGUUCUUGCUCUCCGAGAAUUUCGGGGGCGACGUCUCAUGUUGCCAAAGCAAAACCCGUUUUCAAUCUUUAAUCCCUGAAUCGACUCCCUGGGAGUUCGAUGAGGUAGCGGAAGCGGAAGAUUUUAGAGACUCAAACAAUGGCCUGGUUCAGAAGCUUCAUUCAGGUUUCCAAAAUCAAGAGCUCGGUACGACCCACCAAACCCACCCACUUCUUCACGCCCCUCUCGCACUUCAGCUCCGCUGCCGGACCGGCGGAGGCGGCGGUGCGGGAGCGAUGGGGCCUGGCCCCGACGGGGCCCGACGAUAAGCCGAGGGUGGUCGUGCUGGGCUCGGGCUGGGCGGGCUGCCGGCUGAUGAAGGGCCUGGACACCAAGGCCUACGACGUCGUGUGCGUGUCGCCGAGGAACCACAUGGUGUUCACGCCGCUCCUGGCGUCGACGUGCGUGGGAACUCUGGAGUUCCGGUCCGUCGCCGAGCCCAUUGGGCGGAUCCAGCCCGCCAUCUCCUCCGCGCCGGGGUCCUAUUUCUUCCUCGCCAAGUGUACCGGCGUCGAUCCUGACAAUCACAUGGUGCAUUGCGAGACUGUAACUGAUGGAAGCAACAGUUUAGAGCCUUGGAAGUUUAAAAUUGCUUAUGACAAGUUGGUUGUAGCGUUAGGAGCAGAGGCCUCGACUUUUGGAAUCCACGGUGUGACUGAUAACGCAAUAUUUCUACGCGAAGUGCACCAUGCACAAGAAAUCCGCAGGAAGCUGCUCCUGAACCUGAUGCUAUCUGAUGUGCCUGGCAUUUCAGAGGAAGAAAAGCGCAGGCUCCUACAUUGUGUCGUUGUUGGAGGGGGUCCGACAGGUGUAGAGUUUAGUGGUGAACUGAGUGAUUUCAUUAUGAAAGAUGUUCGUCAAAGAUAUGCACACGUGAAAGACUACAUCCAUGUUACCCUGAUAGAGGCAAAUGAGAUAUUAUCUUCCUUUGAUGAUCGUCUUCGGCAGUAUGCUACAAAGCAGCUGACGAAGUCUGGAGUGCGUUUGGUCCGAGGUGUUGUGAAGGAUGUCAAAUCUCACAAGAUAAUUCUCAGUGAUGGCUCGGAGGUCCCUUAUGGGCUGUUGGUGUGGUCUACUGGUGUCGGUCCCUCACCUUUUGUGAGGUCUCUGCAACUUCCAAAAUCCCCAGGAGGGAGGAUUGGUGUUGAUGAGUGGCUUCGAGUUCCUUCUGUUCAGGAUAUAUUUGCAAUUGGUGAUUGCAGUGGGUUCUUGGAAAGUACUGGCAAGCCAGUCCUUCCAGCUUUGGCCCAGGUCGCAGAGAGACAAGGGAAGUAUUUAGCAGAGUUACUAAACGGUGUAGCUAAAGCCGGAGGAGGGCAAGCAAACAGCUCCAAAGAAAUUGCAUUAGGAGAUCCCUUUGUCUAUAGGCAUCUCGGAAGCAUGGCCACCAUUGGGAGAUUUAAAGCUCUAGUGGACCUAAGGCAGAGCAAGGAGGCAAAAGGAUUGUCACUGGCAGGAUUCACCAGUUGGAUUAUCUGGCGCUCUGCAUAUCUCACGCGCGUCGUAAGCUGGAGGAACAGAUUCUACGUCGCCGUAAACUGGUUCACGACUUUCGUUUCUGGUCGGGACAUAAGCCGAAUAUAGCCAUCAGGGUCCAACACUUUGGAUUCAAGACUCAUGCUGGCGUUGAUACUUCGUUGGUCCUUCACUUUAGGAUAUUGGUGACAGAGUGGCAAGAGGCUGGAUGCACAACAUUGUGUUGUGUUCUAUGAAACAAUAAUGCUCAAAAUGUCAUGUGUAUAAUUCUCUCAUAAUAGGCGCAGAUUUGCGUGUUUUCCACUCAAUGCAGAUUAGUAAGAUGACAUAUAUCUCGGAAUGGUAUGUUGAUUCAAUUAUGCACCGUCAUUUACCUGGUUUUUGCGUUUAGUACAGGGACGGAUAUUGGUUCCACAUCAUUUCCAAGAGGUAAAACUG